AUGCACCCGCCCGUGCCGGCGCCGCGCCCCACGUCUCGCGCUCCGGUAGAGCCCUUCCCAGCCUGCGUUCCAGGCAAUUCUCAGCGUGUCGGGUCUUCUCUUUACCGUUCCCCGUCUUCACAACGCGUCGCGGGCGCCUCGCCACUGGCACUCAGCACCUCGGGUCCAGCGCCUCCCAUGAGUCCGGCCUGUUUCGCCACCGGGGAUCUCGCAUCCACGAGUCUCUCGGGCGUCGAGCCCAAGGCCCAAAAACCCAUUCGAUCCGCGAGUAAGAACCUGGCGGACCCGAGUCUCCGCAGCGCACAAAAGUCGGUAGAAACAGACGCCGCCGGGGGUUCGCAUACACCUCGCCGCCGGUGUACAGACACUCGAAACGGGACCAGUGCGAAGGGUCUUGCCGGCCAGUCUUUGAAGGGACUCAACGCCGGAGACCACCUCGCCUCCGACGAAGAAUUGAACCUCGUAGCGACUGCACCUACUUCCAGAACUGUGUCGAACAACCGAACGGGCGUAGGGAUGUCGAACCAGAACGGCUACCGCACCAUCGAUCCUUGGGCCUCCUACGAUGCCCGACAGGUCCGAGAUGGAGCAAAGCAGGCUGCGGUCUUCCCUGGACUUCACAGCGCCAGCAGCCUCUCACAGGAGCCCCAGAAGACGUGGGGGGCAAAGGGCCAGCCUGCGGGCCCUCCGCAGCCAGGCUGUCGCGGCGGAGGUGAGAGCGGCCCAGGAGAUGCCGAGUAUCCCUACGCGACGAAAGGCUCCAACGAGUCGUGCAGCACGGCCGCCUCCAACCACGACGCGGCGCGCACCGGCGGGGCAACGAGCUGGGGCAGACUGGAAUUGUCGGAUGGGAUCCGAUACGCUUCGGCUUAUCUCGGGAAGAGUUUCUCCGCGGGAACGGCCGUUCCAGGCAGGGAGGCUGCACGGGGAGACUCGCAAGCGCUCUACGCGUCGGCCGCAUCCAUAGGCGGCGACGUUUUCUUCAGACCUGGAGCAGGCACUGCAUCGGCGCCAACUGCCUUACCCGUCCAGCACCACGCCUCCUACAUUCUCACCGAUCCCGUGACCCACUCCGGGUCAGCAGCCUUGCACAGGGCACCCUUCUCCCAGACCUACCAGACUUCGGCUGUCGUGAGAACCGUUGACGACUGGAGCUGUCCCAGUUCCAUCUCGAUUCCGUUUCCGCCCACGGUGGCCGCGGCUUCUCAAGAGGCGACGAACGGCGCCGCAGCGUGGUCAGGCAGUUGGAAGCCUCUUCAGAAUGCUUUAUCGCUUCCUUCGUCCCAGCCGGAAUUUCACCUGGGCGUCGAGACACCGGGAGAGAGCGGAAGCCUGAAACAAGCAGUCUGGCCGAAUCCCUCCGCGUCGUCGUCCACGGGGUUGGCGCAUCCUGGCGCCUCUGCAGAGGCUUUCAAGCCUCAGCGGGGGCUUUUCUGCGGGGACAUGCAAACUCUUCUUUCAAAUGAAUCGGCAGGGGUCGUGGGGAAUGUGGCGACAGGCUCGUUUAGCUCGACCGCGCAUGCGCCGCUCCCCGUCGAAACUCUCCAUCAGCCGCCGACGAGUUUCGCAUCAACGGCGCUGUGCCCGUCCCUGGCUCUCGAGUCGAAGCUGCGGUACACGGCAGCCCCUCUGCCUCCGAGAUCCUACGGCGGGCGGCGCGGCAGCGUCGGGGGAGCUCUCCAGAGUGCACCUCUUUUCUCGACAGGCGAGAAACCCUUUUCCUUGAGGAGCGACGCAUGCAUCCCUGCUUCACAUGCUUUGCUGGAAGUCAGUGAGAGCCAGAAGGUUCACGGUCGCCGGCUGUCUCUGCCCGCCACGGGCGUCUCGACUGGCAGUGUCUCCUUCCAUUACGGAGGAAGCGACGCUCCUCGCGUGCUUCCUACUUGGUCUUCCUACACCUCGUCGUCGGUGCCCGGAGCGCCUGCGAGUCAGCAAGGCGUCGGCGUUCACUCGAUUCUGGUCAAGAAUUCAGACCUCUUCACGCAUGCGCCAGCCGUCUGCGGACUCGCGGAGGCAAGCGCUUCACUCCAAACGACUCAUGGGCAGACGCCGGCCAGCUUCGGCGGUCUCGCGCCAAGCCGAAGUGUAUGUACACCUCCGCUCGUCCCGUCCGUUCCGCUGUACUGCCUCUCCGCUGCGAAGGACCAGCCGACCUCGACGUCGGUUCUUCGGUCGGUUUCUGCUUACUCUGCAGAGGACCGAGGAAGAGGGAGGCUUUCACGGAGAGCUUUCUCGCCGUCAGCCUCCGUUCUCUCUAGCCAGUAUCCGGAGAUGUCGCCGCCCUCUCAGAAGAGUCUCGGGCCGCAAAGCGUCAACGGAGACUCGAGGUCUCGGACGGUCCGAGGCGCGAAGGGAAGCGGGGCCAGCAGUCCGUGGUCGGCGGCCGCGACGUGCAACAGCAGUCGCAGCAGUACAUACACCGGAGAGUCCAGGAAGGGAGGCACGGCGUCGCCUCUGGGCUCGGCGAGGUCCAGCCCAGAUGCGCCUCAGGCCGCAGCUGGAGGGAGGCGAAGCGCCAGCAGAUCUUUCGAGGCAUGGAGCGAAGGAGAAACGUGGGCUGUUCACGCGGGUUCGGGAGCCGGGAACAGAAGAGACAACUCGGGGGAAGUCGCCGGCCAGAAGGCAACAACCGCUGAGAACCUCGGCGCGGCCGCGUCAAGAACGAUGGAGCGCGGUUCGCGUCGAGACCAGCUUGCGCGGCGGUCGACGAGUCUCGGCCGCCACGCGCCUGGAUUUCCCCAGCAGCGUAGAGGAAGCAGCCGGUGGCUGUCGGAGGAGAAAAGGCUCAAAAGGGGGAACCACGAGCCGAGCGGAAAUGCAGCUUCUCAGGGUCUCCAGUCUCUCCUGGAUGACGCCGUCGCGGCCAUUGGAGCUUUCUUUGUCGGGCAGGAAGAAACCCAAGAGACGGCCGGCAAACGCCGCGACGAGGACAACUGCGGCCAGCCGAGAAGAGCCCGAAACGCGGACCUCAAAACAGGAAAAGAACAGGAUGGAAGCUCUGCCUCGCCUGCCGUCGCUACGCUUCGCGACAUGUCGCGGUAUCCGGCGACCGUGGACCACACCGCUGCCCCAGUCUCUGUCGCCUACGGCCAGCCUGUUGCGUCUUCGACCGCGUCGCGGUGUCUGCCUGCUCUGCCGAUGGCUCCACUAGAUUCGUGUUUGACCGCGGAUUACCUCGACUUCCGUCCCGCCGUCCAGCUGUCUCCUGUGCGAAAUGUGACGAGCGGCAUCUCGCCACCUGCCGUCGCCUCGGCCGUGUCCUGGCAUGCGCUGUCGUCUCUGCUCGCGUCCACCUCGGCCCCGCCGAUCUGUCCCCCUGCCUCUGACGAUUCGCCCGAUGUGUCUCCAGCGGAAGCGAAGCCUGACGCUGCGCCCGCGCCAACCACGGAGACAGUCUCCACGGGCGCGGCGGCUCCCGCGCUCGCUGACAAGGCGGAAGACGCCCUGGAGAAGAAGAGGAAGACCCGGCGUCCCGCGCCUGCAGGCCUCGGCGACAGCGUGCGCGUCCGGGACUUCUCGCCCUCUUCGCCGUCGUCUCGCGCCGCUCGCGUCCACUUGUUUUGUGGGGUCGUGGCGCGGCUGAUGAGGCCCGCGGGCGGCGCGGGCGCCGGCUCGCCCUCGGCCCAGGUGGCCUUCCAGGCGAGUUUUGCGACGCCGUUCCACGCGGCGAGUCUGCACAGUGGGGAGCGAAGCGGUUCCGUCGGGCUGACGUCUUUGCUCUUGGAGAAGACGGCGAAGCCCUCGAACCGGACGCGGCUGUUGUCGAGGCCGCUCCAACUGAUUCACGUGAACCGCUGGGACGGUCGGGAAGUUCUGACGAUCGACGAGCAGGCGAAGAAGUUCCUGCACGAGCUGGGAACGCAGCACAUCGCUGUUCUCUCGAUCUGCGGGGUCACGCAAACGGGAAAGUCCAGUCUCGCCAACCUCCUCCUCGACGACUCCCACAUGCGCUCUGCGGGCGGCUUCCCUGUGGGGAGUCCCGCCGUCUUUGGAGACCGCGGGGCGACUUUCGGAAGUGUCUCUCCCAGUGCCUUCGCAGGGGACCGGAGCUUUCCCGGCCUGGACAGAGCAGAGGGUCUAGACGAGGACGCCGACGACUUUCGAGGUGAAGAGGCGGGGAAGAAAUUCACGCAACGCAUCCUCAGCGACGGAUGCACAGAAGGCGUCUGGAUCCAGGCGGUUUCCUCUGGUGCAGGCGACGGGGCUGCCGACGGAAAGGACGACUUCGUCUACCUCAUUCUCGACUUUGAAGGCGUCGGGUGCACACGGAAGACGGUGGAGCACGACCAGCGGCUCUUCACGUUGGCGAUGCUGGUGUCGCACUACCUGAUUUACACCACGCGCGGCGUGCUGGACGCCGACGCCGUUUCGGGCCUCGCUUCCGUCUCGCUCUGGACGCAGCGACUCCUGCAGCGCGGAGACACUGGCCCAUCCGGACACUCGCCGGCUUCGCUCGACGACACAAGUCGUACCUCCCUCACUCGAGAAGGUCCGUCUCCCUCCGAGGGACCGUCGGUCCCUUCCGGCUGGUGUGCUCCGCCGCUGUUGUGGAUUCUCCAGGACUUCAACUUCACGUUGUCGGACGAGGACGACUAUCCGCUUACUGAGACCGACUACCUGGAGGCGAUACUGGCCACGGCGUCGCAUCCCGCCACGUGCUGCUCGCCCUUUUCCUCUUCUCCGUUUUCUUCUCCGUCCCCCUUCAGCCGCACGUGCGCCGAGUUGAAUCUGCCCCACAUUCGCAUGCUCCGGCAGCAACUGGAGACGCUGUUCGGGGACCGCACGUGUCUCGCUUUGCCCCAUCCUCUGGGGGACUACCAGGAUCUCGGCGCCGAAGGUGUCGGCUGUGACGACGCGACCUCUCGCGCCUUCAAAUCCGCAAGGGAGAUCGACGCUGAGCCGUCGUUCGGCGCAUUCAUGGCCUCUCCGGGACGCCCGUCUGCCUUCUCGUCUUCCUUCCCUGCCAUCACCAAGCGCGAGAGCAUGGGCCGAAACUCAGAAGUCCUCAGCGGGCCUCGCGGCUCCGCGCGCCGCGCGUCCUUCGUCCUUCGGGAAGGUUCGCCUUCGCCGGGAACGUUUUCGGCCUCGUCCCCGCCCUUGCCGUCAAGGAACGGAAGGGAUGGGGUUUGCCUCGAGACCGUGCCGGUCAGCGACUUUCAGCCCAUCUACCGGCGGCGGCUUCAGCAGGCGAAGAACGUGGUUUUUAAGGAGUGCCGACUGAAGGCCGCGCAGAGCGUCGCGAUAACCGGCGCGGGGUUCGUCAAGAUUCUGCAGCGCAUGAUCGAUGGAAUCAACGGGGGACAGGUUCCCGAAAGCGGAUCCGUCGUUGUUGUCGUCCAGCGAGAAGAGUGCCGAAAGUGGAAGGAAAAGUGCGAACAGGUUUUCAUGAACGACUUGCGAGAGGCGUUCCAAAGCCGCCUGCCGAUGGCCAGCCGCGAGCUCCAAGAAGGCGCCUCCGCUCUGCAAAAGAAGGCUCUCGCCCUCUUCAAAAUGCACGUCAUCGGAGACGACGAUGUCGUUAGAGGCUACAAGCAGCAACUGAAGGACCGGCUCCGGAAGAUUACAGACCGAGCCAUGGAAGAAAACGAGAGACACGGCGAGUGGAAGGCGAGGUCGAGGCUCCGCGCUCUUCGCGAGCGUCUACGCAUCGACGAAAAGCUGAACGAGAGGCUAUAUGAGAGCAUGGCCCAAGUCAACGAAGACGUCGAGCGACUAAAGCAGGAGUUCAACGCGGACAUCCGAGGGCCGAGCCACGUGUACCAGCGCGUGAUGAACGAUCAGAUCGACGAGCUCCUCGCGAAAGGCAGCGAAAUCGUUUGCGGGGCUCUCCUCGACCAGAGCCGACUCGCCGAGAAAACCGUGCACGAACUUCAGCAGAGAGCGCAGGAGGCCCAGGUGUCUCUGGAGAAAACGCUUGAACUGGAGCAGCAGCUGCAGCACCGCGACUACGAGACGGAAGAGCUGCGGCGCGCUCUGCAGGAAGAACGAGCUGCGCACCGGGGCCAGGCGACCUUCAGGAGCGGCGAUUUCGAUUCCGAUGACGACUUUUGCGACUCGUAUCGACGCCGAGGGUCGUACCGGCGGUCCGGCCGAUCGCGAGUCAGCAUGAGCGACCAGAGCAAGUGCUUCCGCCAAAAGUGCACAAUCAUGUAG